CCCACAAAAUAAACAACUUCCUUCCUAUUAUCAGUCUUUCUUUUUUAAAAAGUCAAUCUUUCAGAAAAUGCGUUCUUUCUUAGUCAUUGCCAUCUUUCUUACUCUCCUACAGAGUUCUUUUGCCCGGCCUCUACUUGACGGGCAGACCGAGUCACUUAAAGCUACAACCAACCGAGCCGAAGAAGAACCAGUACCGUCUAACAUCCUCAGUGACUUAACCAAUGUUCAAGCGGCCACGUCCAAUGCUUUGCCAGGACCCGUCGGAGCCGGAAAACGCGCCGGCAUCGAGAUCCCUACAGCCUCUAACCAACUGGCUAGCACGAACAGCGAAUCUGAGGCAAGCCCCCAAGUUGAAGGCUCUGGAACCUCUGCUGCUCCUGCUGAGUUUGGCGAUUCUGAAGACGCUGGUGGCGAACAAGAUGGCGACUUCGCCCUCCCGGACGGCUAUAAUGGUCAGGAUGAGAUGCCGAUGCCCGGGAUUCUGGGAGUAGACGGUAAACCAAUCCCCCCCGCGGGGUACCAGGCAAUCAAGGGGCCCGGAGCUUCGGACUUGGAAGAUUAGAAUAACUCAAUUCACCCAACGAUCUUCCUUUCUUUUCCGCUUUUACAAUUCCUACAUUUGCUUCUUUUCUACACAGGCUCUACUUGAGUCUUUAUUUGUGUCCACCCGGUCCCAAAAAAAAAUUAACUUAUCAAAUCACAACACGCUAGAAACAUGACUUCAAUCUGAUACUAAUUUAAUGAUUCUCUCAUCACCCUUAUUCAACAAAUCCUGACCUUGUGUUUUCUUGCCCUAGCGUUGGCCAUCUUGAUUGAUUCAACGAUAUUCUUAGGUAUUUACUUUCUAAAUGACACAACCGAGAUA